AUGGCGGCGGGCUUCCAAUGCGUCUCAGAGCUCCAACGGCUCCAAAAGGAAUUCGCUACAUCUCUGGAGGCUCUGUCCAGCACCUACGAUGGCAUCCAGGCGGCCAUCGAAGGCAUCCCAGAGCUGCUCGCAGCUGCCAAGGAGGCCGACGAGGACAUGGCGCCCUCUCCGGGGGGUCUCGGAAUCAUGUCGCCAAUGAACGACAACGGAAUCAACGGCGAAAAGGAGAAGUUUGAACUUUCGGCUGAUGGUGUGCCCACUAUGACAAAGGCAACAAAGAGCCAACACACGAGCAAACUGAAGCAGAAGCAGGAAAGCACAGCUGCGAUGAUGUCAAAACGAGAAGGCCUCCGCUUGCUCGACGACUGGAGCGAAAGCUUCGUGGUGUCACAGGAGGAAGCCAUCGUGAUCUACAACAAUCUUUUCAGGAUCAAAGAUCGCCUGAAGAACUCGUCAGGGACGCCGGUGGGCACAAGCAUGCAAUCUGUGAGCAAUGCCUUCCACAUGUGGCUUGGGAAGUGGCACUACUUCUGGCAGAUUUUCACCCUCGGCCUCGUCUUCGUGGACUUCCUUGCUGUGCCCAUCAAUCUUGCCUGGGCAGAUGAAAGCCGGGGCUCGGAAUUGAUGGUGGCGUAUUUCCGUGUCGCCCCCUUUCUUUGGGGCUUCGAUGUGAUCAUGUCCUUUGUGCCGGGGCUUUUGGAGAAGUCGAUUGAAAAGGGCUUCAACCGGAUCAAGUCCUACAUUUUCAGGAGGUUCUUUAUCGAUGUCGGUCUCGUUGUCUUAGACUUCGUGCUACUCAAUGGGCUCCUGAACGAGAACUUCCGGGCGUUCAGCCUCAUCCGCCUAUCCCGGAUCACGAAGUUCAAAGGUGUGGUCGGCUCAUGGGAGAAUCGGCUGGCGGCGUCAGGGAACAUGCGAUUCGUGCUUUACCUCACGAUCUUCCAAGCCAUCGCCAGGGUGCUGGCCGUGAACCACGUGCUAGCCUGCCUAUUGUAUUACGUUGGCCGUAUCGGCGAUGAAAAUGGGUUGCCGAACUGGAUCGUGCGCUAUGGCGUCUCCGACUUCAGCACAAUUUUCAAGUACAUGCUCUGCUUUAACUGGGUGAUUGCGGAAUACACGCCUGCACCCUUCCCGUAUCAGCCGCAGAACGAGUACGAGCAGGCCGUCAUCAUCGUGAUUAUCCUCUCCUGUCUGCCUCUGUUGGGAGCUCAGAUCGGAAAGAUCAGUGGCACUUUGAACCUGCUCACUGAGAAGGCCAAAGAGCGGGACACGGUGCGCAGAGAUCUGCAGAGGUGGCUCUUCAAGACAAAUGCCCCUGAGCGGCUGACUACCCGCAUGCUGGACUCUCUGAACGACGUGCUUCAGUCGAAGGACUCGCCAUUGGACGUGAAACAGCCCAUCGCGCUGAAGUUCCUUCCAUCCACUCUGCUGGAGGAGUUGCACAUCGUGAAAAUCCGCGACAAGCUCUCCAUCCAUGGGCUCUUCAAGAUGCUGAUGAACGAGCGCAUCGGCAUCGCGGGCCCCUUGGCUACGGCCUUUCGGACAGUGAACUUCGUCCAGGGUGAGGACGUCUUCGCCCACGGAAAGAAAGCUGAAGGCCUCGUGCCGACGGAUCGAUGGCAAAUCGUGGAUCACGACGAGCUGGGACACGUGGCUUGCCGAGCUCUGCCUUUACUCGCAGAUGACCCACGCCUCGCGGAAGCUUUGUCUACGGAGGCCCGUGCCGGGUUGGACAAGAUGUGGCACGACGCAAUUUCAUUGCCCUUACCGGUGUGA